AUAGAAAAACGGUUGUAGGUUGUCAUUAUCAGCCAAAUCAAACAGGCCCUGAUAAAUUAGUGAUGAGGGCCUGAAACUGGAGCUUCCUCCUCAUUUAAUAAUUCUUAACUUACAGUCCCAAUCUGAACUAUCAGAGAGGAAACUCUUAUAAUUUAAACAAAUUCUUCAUGUGAAAACAGUUAUUUAACUACGAUUCCCUAAGAAAUAAACCUAACGGGCUACAAAGCAGCAAAGCUAAAUGAAUUGGAGCUCCUUUAGACCUUUUCCUAUAUGGCAAAGGAAUUGGAGUUUGAGAAGGAAAAGAAGUUCGAUUAUUUAUAAGACUAGAGAAACUACAUAUAAUAGACAUGCUUGGCUAAAACCCUUGAAUUUAUGUUUUGCGUUUUACUCUCUUGACUUGCCCCAUGAAUACCAAUAAACAAUCCAGAAUUAGUAUUGCCCUAAGAAGAAGAAGAAGAAAGAACCCAGAAUUGGUGCUGCCCAGCCAUGUCUUGGAAUCCAUAUUCCAACGUCUACCCCUACAAGAUCUUGCUCGAAUAAAAGCCGUGUCUUCAACCUGGAAAUCCUUUGCGGAAGCUGUCCUCCUUUCCAAGUCCUGUCUCCAACGAGUUCCAUGGCUCAUGUUUCCUCCCCCAAAAGAAGCUGAAUUUGAUGAUGAUGAUGAUGAUGAUGAAGAUGAAGAAGAAGAAGAGGAAGAAGAAGAAGAAGAAGAAUGCUAUGUUAACGCUCCCAGCUGCUGCUUGAUGAACGUGGAAGAAAACAUUGUUUACUAUUUGAAGAAAACAACAUCGGAUUUGUUUUUUAAGUUCAAAUGCAUUGGAUCAUCACACGGAUGGCUGAUUUUCUUUGACGACACCACUAAAUCUCCUUUCCUGUUAAACCCUUUUACGGAGCACCGAAUUCAACUACCCUUGCUGGAACCACACCUGAAAAGUGUACUAAAAGAACGUUCAAUUUUAAGGCCAGUAAAAGCUAUUCUAACUGCAGAACCAGAUGGUGAAUAUGGUGUCGUCGUAAUCUGCGACUUUAGGGUAGGUCUCGGAUUCUAUAAGAAUGGUGAUAGUUCCUGGACCAUAAUCGAAGUGCCAGCCAUGACGAAAGCUAAACCAAAAUCCUAUGGAUCACUACCCAGUAGUCGCAACAACAGAGUAAGAAAAGGAGAGAGUCCAGAAUUGGUGCUGCCUAGCCAUGUCUUGGAAUCCAUAUUCCAACGUCUGCCCCUACAAGAUCUUGUUCGAGCAAAAGCUGUGUCUUCAACCUGGAAAUCCUCUGCGGAAGUCGUCCUCCUUUCCAAGUCCUAUCUCCAACGAGUUCCAUGGCUCGUGUUUCCUCCUGCGAAAGAAGCCGAAUUCGAUGGUGAUGAUGAUGAUAGCUGCCGCUUGAUGAACGUGGAAGAAAACAUUGUUUACGAUUUGAAGAAAACAACUUCGGAUUUGGUUUACAAGUUCGCAUGCAUUGGAUCGUCACACGGAUGGCUGAUUUUCUUGGACGAUACCACGCAAUCUCCUUUCCUGUUAAACCUUUUUACGGAGCACCGAAUUCAACUACCCUCGCUGGAACCACUCCUGAAAAGAGUCAAAAGAUCAGUUUUAAGGGCAGUAAAAGCUAUUCUAACUGCAGAACCAGAUGGUGAAUAUGGUGAAUAUGGUGUCGUUGUACUCUGCGACUUGGGGAUAGGUCUCGGAUUCUAUAAGAAUGGUGAUAGUUUCUGGACCGAAAUCGAAGGUAGCACUAGAUAUUAUGAUGACAUUAUCUGCUGCAAAAACCAGCUUUAUGCAAUAUGCUACAGUUUGAAGGGUGUCGUUGAUACAUGGGAUUUACAGGGUUGUCGUCCUAAAAAAAUUAUCACUAUUGCUGCUGAUCAUCCUUAUAUGUCUGAUGAAGAUGAUGAAGCGGGUGAUUGUAUUCUUUCGAGUUACUUGGUUGAAUCAAGAGGGGAGAUUCUGCUUGUUGUGAGGCUUAUCGAGGAAGAAGAGUUUCUGUUCAAUUCUGCACAUAGAACAAAGCUGUUUCAUGUGUAUAAGUUGGAUAUAAAAAAGAAGAAGUGGGUAGAGGUGAAAUCCCUCAGAGACCAAUCUCUGUUUCUUGGCAUUAAUCAUUCAGCCUCAAUAUCAACAAAAGAUCUCCAAACUUGUAAACCCAACUCCAUUUACUUCACAGAUGAUUUCUGGGUUCAGAUAUUACAUGAUCCAUGUGGGCAUGAUAUGGGAAUUUAUUGUUUAGAAGAUGGGUGUUUCUUGCCAGUUCAAGGUCACAUUGAGUUACCAGAGGAAGUCCGGCCACCAUUGUGUUGGAUUGUUCCAAACCAUUGCAAUCAAAUUCAAAGCAUAUGAGAUGAAAAGCAUCAUCUCAGAUUUUUCUCGAUUACUAAAUCAAAGUUUGCUUUGAAAAACUUCCUUUUAGUUUUAAUCUUUUUCAUUUUAUGUAUUAAUAAAAGAAAAUUAUCGUA